AUGGGUAUUGAAAAAGUAUCCAAACGAAGAAAAUCAAUAUUCGGUCGUCUCACUAAUAAAUUCCUUACACAACCACAACCAUGUGCAAAACGUGAUCAAUCGGUUCAGACAAGUCUGAAUCUUUCUCAAACAUCAGCAGAUUUAACAGCCACUAUUCUUGUUAAUAGUCGCGUACGACAAAGAACAUGUUCACCAAAUAAUUCUAAUAAUAAUAGUACAAAUACUCCACAUCAUCGACGUCGUCGUCGAUCAUCACUUAAAACAUUUAUUAUUUCACAUUCUCCAAAGCCAAUUCCAUUGAUUCAACGAACACGUCGGCGUAGUGUAGAUUUAAAAACGCCAAAAAGACUCAGUUCUGAAUCUCUUCAAGUGGCAUUGAUUCGAAAGAUUCAACCAUUGAGUCGAUAUGGUUCACCAUUGGCUCUCUCAUCAACAACAUCCAAUAUAAUCUCGGUUACACGGCAAAGACCCUAUAUACCUUCACCCAGAGAUUCAUUUGAUUAUCCUACAAUGUCACAUUAUUCCCAUACGAAACAAUCUCAACAUAUAUUUCAUGAUGAAACUGCAAGUCGCGAUGAACUUUUUUCCAUUGGACCAAUGAAGUGGAGCACACCUAAUCGUACGAUUUUAUAUAAAACGUCAAGUCCAUAUAAUAAUAAUAAUAAUAAUUAUUAUGAUCAUCAACGUCGCUUAUGUACAGUUGAUCACCUUUCAUUUUCAAAUAUUCUUGAUGGCAGUGAUUGA